AUGGUAUCGAAUUCGCUAUUUGCGACCUCGCUUGGCCACGUCGUUUCCCAGCAAGACGAGGUAACCGACAGCAAUGCAGGCGCAAAGCCGGAUUAUUCCUGGGUAGCAGAGCAUUACCCCGUACCCACACACCAAGACCUAGUAGGUCAAAUCGACGCAUUCCUCGCAACACCCCGACCGCAGCGCCCACCGCGCGAAACUCUCUGGAUCUUCAACUUCGGCUACUGGGACGUCUGGCACCUGGCAGCGCUGCCUAGAAAACUGGCAACUGCUGUGCUAGAGAGCGAAGCCCACCAGCUCUGGUCGUCAAUCGAGCUACUGUACCAGAAAGCCCAAGACAGCGAAUCGGUCGCGUUCUCCGACUACUACUUGGACACGAACCUGGAUCCCGCCGCAACCCAAUCCGGAGCGCAUCCACGUGCCCCCUUCCGGAUUCUCAUCCCCCGGUUCUUCGACAUCUCCCUGGCCCCAGGGUUCGAAGCCCACCGUCCGGAGCCGCCACACCCGCACACCAGGGCCGAGCAGAUGCGCAACGCGGCCUUUUUGACGCAGUUCUGGGACGCCAUAAUUGUGGAUCUGGUGGAUGAGUGGCUGGACCUCCCGGACCCGGAGACCUGGACUGAUGACGAUGUUGUUGAUAUCGAUGUCGUCAACGCCGUGGUUGCAAAAAGAGGCGAGACCAUAACGGCGGUAGAGAGAGGUGGGAACUCAGAGGGCUUGCUCAUACCGCUCCCGCGGCGUGAGGCGAUGACGUACGACAUGUCGCGCUACCUACGGGAACUGAUGGUCGACCGGCAGCUCCGCGACGCCGAUCUCGUGGACCAUAACGGGCUUGGGACGCGACCCGUUGAUGAGGGGUUCGCAGAGGUGUGGCAGCCGUGCGUACAAGGGGAGUUUGCACUCACAAAUACGGACUCGGUGGCGGAUGGAAGCGACACCGCCCAGAAAGGCGAACUGAUGGACAAAGAGAUCAGCGCCAUUGACGAAGAGCUGUGCGCGGAGUCGCGCGAGCACCUCUUCUGGACUGGAUUCACUGUCAAUCAACGGGCGAUCAACGAGAUUGGUAAGCGCGCUGCUGCGCAGUUCCUGAGGGCGGCCAGGGCGGAUGCGGAGUGGGCUAUGAAGUCGCAGCUGCGGCUGCCGCCAAUGCAUAUGGAUCAGGAGGGUCGGGGAUAUACGGCUAGGGAGUUUAGGGCUUGA